AGGAGGAAGCCAUGAUCGAUCUAUUCUACCCUAAGUAGUCACUGAUACACUCCACGCAACCAACUGCACAUAGGUCCAUUGUUGGGAUGGCAUGGCCUUCUCCUCUUCCAUCAAAACCUUUGUAACCUCACUAGCCCUUCUCUCCACUCUGCUCUUCUUCCUCGUCUUCUCUCCUUCUUCCCCACCGAAACCCAAUCAUUCCCUCUCUACCUCCAUUCUCUCCCGGAGGUUCCUCCUCAAUGACACUUCGUUUCCUCCUCCUUGCUCAUCCAUCCUUCAAAUCCCAUCUCAGCAGCGCUGCUCCUUCUCCGCCUCACGCUGUGGUGGGGACUCCAAUGGCCUCUUCAAUUACUCAUCUCUCCACUUCUGCUUCUUCCGCGAAAAUCUCUUCCUCUCAAUCCCUUCGCUCUCUCUUAUUCUCAUCCUGCAGUUCUAUAUCCUGGUCAAGACGGCGCAGGAUCGAUUCUCCGUCGUCGUUACAAAGCUAUCGACCCAUCUCAAUCUUUCACCUAGUAUGGGCGCCGUGACCCUCCUUGCCCUCGGCAACGGUGCUCCAGAUGUGUUCGCAUCCGUAGCUGCGGUGCGCGGUGGCCAUCCGAGGACCGGUCUAGGCGCAAUUCUUUCGGCCGGUACUUUUGUAUCGGCCUUCGUUGUUGGUUUUGUAGCGAUUUACGCUGCACCUUUCUCCGUCGACCCGGCAUCCUUCGUGAGGGACGUCUUCUUUUAUUUGAUCGCGGCGCUGUCCUUGUUCUAUGUUUAUCUCAGUGCGGAAAUAUUCCUUUGGCAGGCAAUUGGGUUCGUUGGGUUUUAUGUGUUUUUUGUUGCUUUCGUGUUUUGGAUGGAUGUGCGAGUGGAACCAAGGGGGAAGGAUGAUGAGCCUGCGAUGGUGUUUGGUGAAGUCCGGAACGGUUCGAACUCGAAGGUGACGGAUUGCGAGAACGGUGAAGGGUUGGGAAUUGUGGAGGAACGAAAGACGGGGUCCGGAUGUUCUGUAACUCUUGGGAGGAUACCAAGUGUGUGGGAAAUUCCAGUCUCACUUCUUCUAAAACUCACAAUCCCACAGACACAACCUUCAGAGUGGAGUAGGUUCUACAUUUCAGCGAACAUGGCCCUGUGCCCCUUAGCCAUCUUAUAUACGUGUAGUUCAUUCAUCCCACUUAACCACAAAAUUGUAUUUCUCCUGCCAAACACCCAUUUUCCUCUCUGGUCUGUUGUACUCUUCUCUAGCUCUUCUCUCGCGCUACUGCAUUAUGCAGUGGAAAAGGAACCCCCAAAAACUGAGCAGAUACCAGUGGUAAUAAUAUCUUUUGUGAUGAGCGUAUUUUGGAUAUCCAGUGUAGCAGGGGAACUCAUCGAUUGUCUGGCAGCGGUGGGAGUCAUUCUUGAAUUGCCUCCAAUACUUCUUGGGCUGACGGUACUGGCUUGGGGAAAUUCAGUGGGAGACCUUGUUGCAGAUGUGGCGGUUGCUAAGGCAGGCCAACCUGCGAUGGCAAUGGCCGGUUGCUUUGCAGGGCCCAUGUUCAACAUGCUUGUUGGAUUGGGUACAGCACUGGUGAUGCAAACAAUGGAUAUCUAUCCAACAGCAUAUGAGCUCCGGUUCCAUGUGAGUAUUGUGAUCGCCUUCGUGUUUUUGCUGCUGAGCCUAAUGGGGUCCCUAUUGGUGGUGACUUUCUUCAGGUUUCGGGUGCCAAGGUUCUGGGGAUUCUUCCUUGUUGGACUCUACUGUCUUUUCAUUAUGGUUAGCUUGAUAAUUGCUAAGGUUACAGGAUGAGUUC